AGGUGUAGAGAGAGCGUGGCGUGGCGUGGCGUGGCGUGCGCAGGCGCGGCGGCGGCGGCGGCGGGUGAGGGCCAGGGCGAGGGCGGCUGCGCGGAGCGGCGCUUCGGCUACGACUCGGUGGCGUGCGCGUGCAGCGCGGCGCGCUGCGACGAGCCGCCCGGCGAGCCGGCGGGCGGGCUGCGGCCGCUGCAGCUUCUGCGCGUCGUGUCGACGCGUGCGGGUCUGCGCAUGCAGCCAUUCCUGGACGAGUACGCCCGAAACGGGCUGCGCUUCUGGGGGCUGACGACGCAGAACGAGCCGUCCGACGGCCACCUCGUCAACUACGGCAUCAACCGCCUGGGCUGGAGCCCCGAGCGCGCGAGGGACUGGAUCCGCGACCACCUGGGCCCCACGCUGGCGCGGCGCGGCUACGCCCACCUCAACCUCAUGAUCCACGACGACCACCGCCAGCUGCUCCCCGAGUGGCCGCAGCGGACACUAAAUGACUCCCUCACUAAUUCCUAUGUGUCGGGCAUCGCCGUGCAUUGGUACAAAGACUCGAACACCAGCCCAGAACUUCUGACUCAAACUCACGACCUGUUUCCGGAUAAGUUUGUCUUGUAUACAGAAGCCUGUGACGGGAACUUCAUGAGCGGUGGCCCCAGCGCAAUCAACAACUGGAGCAGCGGUUGGGUAGACUGGAAUCUGGCGCUGGACACCGACGGCGGGCCCUCGUACGCGCAUAACGAAGUGGAUGCAGCCGUGAUUGUAAACGCCACCGCGGACGAGUUCCUGAAGCAACCCAUCCUGUACGCGCUGACGCACUUCUCGCGCUACGUGCCCCGAGGCUCCCGCCAGCUGCCCGUCUCCGUGGCCGCCCCCGCCCCCGGCGCCGACGCGCUCUUCGCCUCGGCCUUCGCCACCCCCGACAGCCGCUACGUGCUGAGCUUCCACAAAACAAGAAGUAAAAAUUGCCUUAGAUGAUCUUCAGGGCAAUAUCUACCAAGACACUCUUCCAGAACAUUCCAUUACAACAUUUGUGAUCAGAUUGAAGUAAAAAGUAAUAGAGGAAGAGUUGAAAAUCCUGGUAGAGAAAGUUAAUUCCCGAGUAAAGAAAGGUAUUGAUUUGAGCACUUUCAUUAUAAACAGAUUAUAUUGGAAGUUCCCAUCAUACCUUGAACAAGAUGACCACAUGUUGUGUUUUCAAGUGAAUUGAAUUUAAAUAUACAAAUAGAAAGUGAAAAAAGGUCUUAGAAAUAUUUUAUAAUGCCCCAUGCUCCUCAUGCCUUAGUGCUAAUGUUCAACUCCUAUCACCUAAUUAUUAAACAAUCCAUAGCAUCUCUAAGUAAAUAAAGUAUUGGAUGCUUAAGUAUGAUAAGCACAGAAAUUAAAUCCCAAACUAUUAAUACAUUGAAGUGUGACCCAC